UGAUAUCCUUGCAGAAAAGUCCCCCCUCCAUCUCAGUGCCAAGGACCAUAAACAGGUCCAAAGAUCAAACUGCAUGCACUGUAACAAAAACAGCAAACGGGCAGGGUUUGCUGUACCAACUACCAAGACCACGCACCAGCCCCGACCUUCACGCAUAGGGACUAAGGAUGGCAACUUUCGAAAUGAAGAGCAUUCUGAAGGUGUCUAAGCUCAACUCCCGGCUGAAGUUGGAGAGCUCUACCCAGAGUCACUCCAUAGGGGCGGUGCGCUGGAACCUUCCUGAGGAAGACCUCCAGGCCCACAGCUCAGUCCCUACCAGCCCCUCCAAGAGCAGCGCCCCCUCCACACGCCGCUUACAGCAACACCCUCGUCAGAACGGCCUGAAGAACCUGCGCAGCCUGCAGGAGUGUGUCCGCUUCAUCAACCACUGGAAGAAGCAGGUGGCCCAAGUCUGCAAGAGUGGCAGUGAUGCGAGGGAAGGCACCAGUAAAGGAGAGACCCCUGUGGAACUGAAAGACCCCAAAACAGAACGCAGUCUAGAGGAAAGCAGGAAACUCAUUCUCCUGUGGGCCAAUGAGCUCAACAGUGUUGACCAGGUGUUGAAGAAAAGCCCCUGGGUGCAGGAGAGAAGUGAGGAGGAGGAGGAGGAGGAAGCAGAAAACAGGGAUGGAGAGGAGGACCCUAACGAGGAAGUGCAGCAGAGGAUCAUGGAGUGGGCCAAGGAGCUGCAGAGCGCCUCAGAGAGCUGUGGGGUGCAGAGCGAUGAGCUCGGCAAGGUUCUGCGUCUGGUGGGCCUGAAGAAGAAGAGACUGGUCAACCUCCUGCCCUUACUGGAGUUCAUUACCUGGUCACUGCUAAAGGAGGACUGCAAGAGCGUCAUUCCUCAGCUGUGGCUGUCAGCAAAGCAGCGCACCUGGAAGGCAGGCACUGCAAGAUACAUCCCUAACUCAGUGUGGAACUGGAUGAUCAGUGCAUCAGCUGACGUGACCCUUGACCCCAUGACUAACCACUCAUGGCUUCAGCUCUCCGACGACCACCGAAAGGUCCAGGAGGGAAUAUCCGAGUCCAACCUGCCCUUCAGUCCCCAGCGCUUUGACGCCUGGCCUGGCGUGCUGGGCUGGGAGGGCUACGCCUCCGGACGCCACUACUGGGAAGUCGACAUAGUCAACAAUGGCUACUGGCGGGUGGGCCUGACCACGGCGGGCGCCAAACGCCAUGGCCGCUUCCCCAUGAGCCCCCAGACGGGCUACUGGACCCUGUGGCGCAGUAUCCACCAAUUCUACGCCUGUACCAAGCCCGAGACGCCCCUGCCCCUGGAUCUGGUGGCCCGCCGGAUGGGGAUCUAUCUAGACUACGAGGAAGGACAGAUCUCCUUCUACAACGCGGAGACCAAGUCGCACAUCUACACAUUCACAGGCACCUUCAAGGAGAAGCUGUACCCGGUGUUUUCCCCGCUGGACGGUCGCACACUCAUCACCGUCAUCUCGCCGCAUAAGGUCUCUACGUUUUGAAGACAUCAGGGGUCUUUGGUUUGAAGGUUCUCCCCACACAUAAGCUGAAAACAGAGCUGGUUUUCCUUUGCCUUUCAAUCACUGGCUGAUUUGGACUUGGAAAACCAGGUGUGUCAUUGUGUGCGUGUGCAUGUGUGUGUGUGUGUGUGCAUAAUGAGCAGCUUGCUCCAGUGACCUCUGUCCGAACUCUACCGUCUGCAGAAACUUACAUCAACAACUUUCUCCCUCAAGGGUUUUCACCUAAAUCAUGACUUUCCCUCCUUUAUUCUUCUCACUCUCCAUCUCUCUCUCUCUCUCUCUCUCUCUCUCGCUGUCAUUAUCUUCCUCCCUCCUCUCUCUCCUCUGUUUUCCCCUCUUUUUCCUCUCCUCCAGCAUAAAACUAACUGUCCGGCCAAUCAAUAACAUUAAUUGAUCAAGGAAGUGCCAAGAAGAAGAGAAAACUAUUGGAGAAGCAGUUGACACCUUGACCAUCACAGACUUGGGUUGAGCUUGGGCCCCGUUCCCACAUCAAUCCCUAGCCUUGGCCUAGAUACUUUUGGACGGCCCCUUAUAGAUCUGAAAGAACCAGAUGGGUGGAAUCAAAAACAAAGAAACUUCACGCUCCAAUAUAAAGUGUGUCUGUUAACACGCACUUUUGACAAGUUAGAUUCAAACAUCAAAUGUUAGAAAAGCCCCAUGUUUUUAUCACCUUUUUGAAAAUGUAAAAUACUGUAUGUAUAUAAAUUGCAUUAUGACACUAAAACAGCUAGCUAAAUGGAAGAUGGAAAAUGUACACUGAGGAGAACUAGUUAUUUUAAAUCUACUUGUACUGUAUAUUACUGUGUAUCUAUCUACCUAUAUAUCUAAAUCUGUAUGUCUGUAUUUAUUAACUUUAUAAUGCAUUGGCAUAAUCUGCUAAUACAAAAUUGUCAACAAGUAUGAAUAUUUUUGUCUACAAAACAUGUAUUUAUUUGUGUGCAUCACAUUUUCUCUCUGACUCAUGUAAAUGUCCUUUCGGGCACAUUGACAGUUUAUAAUGGUGAUGGUCAUGGUGCAUACCAAGGUCACAUUACAUUUCAUAUGAGACAGUUCAGUAUGUUACAAGUGUGGUUGCCAAUACAGAAACAUCUCUAUAUAAUGUGAUACUGAUGCCUACAGUAUCAAUGUGUGAGCACACCCAUAGCAAUGAUUGUGUGAUCACGUUCCCCUCCCCUCAAGACAUAUAUGACUAACAAAUAACACAAAAUAACUACUGGUAGUAAUGCCAUAUCUACAAGGGUGGGAUGUGAGUAUGUUUUAGUUGCUUCAAUGAAAAGUCUUAAAAGGUUGGCAAUUAUAUUUAAUAGGUCCCACAAGUGGACAUAUACCGGAAGUUUUUGGUACCGUGUGUUCAACUUUAGGCCUCACACACCCAGGGUCCGUAGGCCUCACAGUCCACAGCAAACAGACUCCUGUCCCCGCUAUGGUCAGCACAGUCCCUGUGCUCGGAGUCCCACUCAACUUCUAUCCUACAACAACAUACACACACUGUGAGACUUUUCUGUAAUUUCAACCGUAAAACACUGUAGAAUGCACAGUAAAAUACCUUAAAUGUGUUUUACAGCAUUAAUGCUGUAGAUUGCACUGGAUUAUGAGUAAAAUGCUGAAAAAAUACUGUUAUUAACUGUAAUUGUAAGCCCCCUGUAAAAAUUACUCUAACUUACUGUAUUUAUUUACAGUAGUACCCAACGCUGCUGUAGUUGGCGGUGCCAAAUGUGUGUGAGAGAGAAAGAGAGCUUGUAUUGCAUAGUUGAAACCAAGACUGUUCUCAGGUCAGGUCUGCCGGUUUUGACUAGCAGAAGUGACAUUUUGUAGCAGGUUACAAGAAUUAACGCAGCAAGUUAGGAUAAUUGGGUCAAGGUUAGGGAAAGUUAAAAUGCUAACAUUGUCUCCAACGCGACUCAAACCUAUCUACAACCUGCCCUGAGAGCAGUCUUGAUUUCCACUAAUGCGAUGCUCCGCGCCAAACGGUCUGUGAGCGUCUAAAUAUUCUUGAGCUGCUGCUAGGUAUGUAAUAAUUCCAUAUACUAUAUACUUCCAUAUACCUACUGCAGGUUUUCUUAACUAAGCUACUAGCUAGCUAGCUUGUUUGGAUUGUGUUAGCCAGCCAAGUUGACAUGUCGAUCUGUUGCAUUGAUCUUUCUUGCUGGUAAAAAAAUCAGUGGUAUUGUAACUAUAGAGAAAAUAAAU